GUCACGUGGUCUAAACAGAAUCAUGGCGGCCGCAGCGGCUGUCCGCUCGGGCGUGGGGCUGACUUUGAGGCUUUCGAGGGCUUUGCCGGACUGCAGCUCUUGUCCCUUUCACCGGCCGAACGGCUGCGUGAGCGGCGCGGGCAGCUUACAGAGGCGGGGCUCCUUCGAGAGCUUUCGGACCAUAAAUCGACACUUGCAGACAAGUAAAGGUCUUUGCCACAGUGAGGAGGGAGGCUCCAAUGCAGAAGACCAAGACGAUGUGGUGAACGUGGUGUAUAUAGACCGGUCGGGCCAGAGGAUCCCGGUUAAGGCCAAAGUGGGAGACAAUGUCAUGUAUCUGGCUCAGAGGCAUGGAAUUGAACUGGAAGGAGCCUGCGAGGCAUCGCUGGCCUGCUCAACGUGUCACGUCUACGUGACUUCUUCCCAUUUUGACAAACUGGCAGAGCCUGAUGAGAGGGAGGACGACAUGCUGGAUAUGGCGCCCCUGCUUCAGGAGAACUCCCGGCUAGGAUGCCAGAUCAUUCUCACCCCGGAGCUCGAGGGCAUGGAGCUCACCUUGCCCACUGUCACCAGGAACUUCUACGUGGACGGUCACGUGCCCAAACCGCACUGAGAAGAGCAGGAGUGGAGAGUGGGGGGGGGCGCACAGGCUCGGCGCCUUGCUUGGUACCGCGAAGAGAUGCUCGGCUACUCCCAGGCAUCAUUUCCCCACUGACAACUUCCACAGUUAACCAGUCACAGGACAGGCCUGCAGAGGACAUCGGGCAGAGUCGGACACUAUUUGAGCCUCACUGAAGGUGAAAUGAAUGGUUACCACCCAAAACAUGAAACUGUGGUGGUUUGCAGACCAUGUAUUUAUUCAUGUGGAGUGUUCUCAAGCCAGCGACAAGACGACAUUCAAACUCAAACUGUUCUUUGUGUCCCAGAGCAAGUUUCACCUUCGUGCCGCUCAACGGAACAUUCCUCGUUACAGCUCGUAGAAGCACAAGUAUUACAAGACGAGGUUCUUGGUCAUUUCUGAAACUCUUGAUUAAUUUGUUAGAUAGUGUGCAUAUACUUGCAUUUUUGCCUACUAGUUUAAGUUAGCUGGCUGAUCAAUAUGUACCUACUCACUAAAGUUACCCCCAAGUCAUUGACCUGAAACACGUUUUCUUCUGCAUGAUACGGAGGCCAGACACGGAAGCAACUCUUCAUGAUGAAGUGCAUUUCAGAAACAAGCGUUGCUUGAAGUUGAGCAGGCAAGGCUAACUAAGUCAAUCAGAAUUUAGACUGGUGAAACUUACAUUUAAUUCACUAUGAACACUGCAAAACAUAUUUAGGUGAACUGGGUUUCAGGUGGCAGAAGGAAGGAGGAGGAUUUAUUUUAAAGCACUUGCUCUCAGUUUGAGGCGAGCUUUGAUUUGGUUCUGUGAGCUUCUACGCUCAAUGUUACCUUGGAAUGACUCAUACCACUUCUACCCUGCACUUGUUGAGGUCUACUGUACACGCUCUUACGCAAAAAUGCAAGUAAACUGUAUAGAUAUGAGAAAUAUUUCAAAGUUGUGCAAUAAAAUGCUUUUAGAAGUCA